AUGACGUCGAGCGCUGGCACAGCGGAGCCGGAAAGGACGUUGCUGGGGCCGGAAGGAGAUAGGCCUCCAUCCCCUGUCAAUGUAACCGUCACCCAGCUCAAAGCAAAUUCAGCAACCGUCUCCUGGGAUGUCCCUGAGGGAGACGUAAUUAUUGGCUAUGCCAUCUCACAGCAGCGGCAAGACGGACAGAUGCAGAGAUUCAUCCGAGAGGUGAACACCACGAACCGGGCCUGUGUGCUGUGGGAUCUGGCGGAGGAUGCAGACUACAUCAUCCAAGUCCAGAGUGUUGGUCUCUAUGGAGAAAGCCAGGCCAGCAAGAGAGUCCAUUUCCGCACCCUGAAGCAGAGCGAUCGCCUCCCAUCCAACAGCUCCAACCAGGGAGACAUCACUGUGGAGGGGUUGGACAAGGAGCGUCAGCUGCAGACGGGGGAGAUAAUCAUCAUUGUGGUAGUGUUGCUCAUGUGGGCAGCGGUCAUCGCGCUCUUUUGCAAGCAAUAUGACAUCAUCAAGGACAACGAUUCCAACAACAACAAGGAGAAGACCAAGCCUUCCUCGGAACACAGCACUCCAGAGCGGCCGACAGGGGGCCUCCUGCGCAGCAAGAAGAAAACGCCAUCUGUCAAUAUCAUUGAAGUGUAGCUGUUACCACAGGCCAAGAGCCUUCUAGGACUCUGGGACCUCACUGUGCUCCUGGCCUGGCUCCCCACCUGCAUGCGACGAAUUCAUGCUUCUUGCCCCCCAUCGAGGGAAUCUGCAUGGAGCAGCUGGCGCAGGGUGCAUGCAGAAGCCAGUCUCUAACCCCCCUGCCCGACAGCCGCAGGAAUCUCUGGCCUGUGCUGGGGCCACGAGGAGCAGCCACGAGAAUCCCGUGGUAAGAGUGGUGCCCAGAACGGUGGACAGCCACUGCUUGAAUACUGUUUGUGUGGCCUUAUUUCUGGCUGGUGUGGGAGGGCCAGAGCUGUUGGCUCGCAGUCUCUCCCACCCCCGACCCUGUGCCUGGACGGGAGCGGAAGGCGUGGCUUACCGCUGGACUCAGACCCACAAGCUGUGAAGUUCGGUUGAGCCACCUAAAGGAAGACGCUGUGUGGCUGUCAGAAGAGCAAAUGACUUGUGUUGGGGUUCUUUUCAAUGUAGCAAAUUGAUGGGGAGGUGCAGGGAAUGGAGGGCUUGGGAUGGUGGGGGGUAGGGAGCUCUACCAGGUAUGGCAGGCAGCUAUUUCCACUGGGGAAGCCAACUGCCACAUAGAGUCAAAGCCUUUGUCAGUCUAGGUCAGUAUGGUCAGCUCUGACGGGCAGCGGCUCUCUUGGGUCUCGGUCUUUAGCAUCAUCAGCGACCCAACCCAUUUAACUGGAGGGGAUGAGGACUGGACCUUGGACCUUCUGCAUGCAAAGCAGGUGGUCUAUCAUUAACCCCACCCUGCCCUACCCUACCCAUCUGGGCUAGUUAAGCUCAGGCCUUGCCCCGCAAAAGCAUUAAGCCCAAGAAAGAAUGUGAUCCAGUAACUCUGGAGGAAAAGUUUCCAUCUGUUUCCAGGUCCAACAGAAUAGGAAGAAAGGACUGGUUUGUCCCGGUGGAUGAACUGUGGUCUGAGCAUAGCCAUGCCGCG